AUGAUUAAUCGAAAACCAACAAGAAUUGAACUAAAUAUGGAAGAUAUCGAAGAGUAUGAAGAUUUAAAAAAAGAGCAAACCGAGGCCGCUUCGAAAAUAUCAAAUAAUAAUCAACUUAAAAAAGAGCAAUUUCCAUUAACAAAUACAUCCAACCCACCAAAAAAAACCACUGCUCAAAUUAUUGGUUAUGAAAAAUAA